AUGAAGUUCACAGAAUGUGCAAUUAUCACCGCUGUGAUCCUGUUUUUAAUGAUGGAGGAAAUAAUCGCAAAUAUUACAUGUCCAAAGUGUAAGUUAAUAAAUUGUAAAAUCGCUAUAAAUUUUAAAAUUUGAAGUAAAGUGAGUAUAUAUGUUAAUGCCAUGCCAUGCCAUGCCAUGCCAUGCCAUGCCAUGCCAUGCCAUGCCAUGCCAUGCCAUGCCAUGCCAUGCCAUGCCAUGCCAUGCCAUGCCAUGCCAUGCCAUGCCAUGCCAUGCCAUGCCAUGCCAUGCCAUGCCAUGCCAUGCCAUGCAACCUAAUCGGCUCGAUGGUUUGUUACAAUUACUCGGCAUGGCCGCCGCUGCGUGACUCAUGUCUCAUCACGGAACACAUGCCGCUGCGAUGAAUAUAGGUUUGUUUGGGAUUCGUUCCCAUCCACGCUGUCAAUUCCAUUCCGUGCGGGAGGAAACUGCAGUACUUGGAACUGAAAAACAAAACAUCUUGGUAGAGCAUAUAUGCAUGCACAUUUAGAAUAAUAUAGCUUGCGUAGCGGCUCUUAGAAAGGAGAGCCUGCAUGAAACCCCAUGGCAUGCCGUUUUUACUCGUUCUCCCGGAGAACGAGAAAUCUGAUCGGUUAUUUCAAAAUGAAAAAUAUGCUAAUUUUGAUAAAUUAAUCGUUGAUUAUUCAAAAACGUUAUUUAACCAUGGUAAAAAACUCAUCAAGGGUACAAACAAUUACAAAGAUACAAAACAAAAAAUACAACAAAUGAAAUAACCUGCUUUCUACGAGUGCCGUGGAGACAAAGUUUAUACACUUAUAUAAAAUAGCUACUGAUAUAGAUAUAGCUUGAUUGUGAACAAACACGGCGGAUGCGGGAGAGGUGUUUCUUGAGUUUUGCAUUCAAAACAGCUGACUGUAAAGGCCACGACUCGCAUUUAAGAAUGAACAAAAAUGUGUUUACGAACUUUGUUUAUGAAGCUCUAGAGAAAGGGUGGUUGUGGUGUAUUCAUUGGAUUGCUACCUGUUAGCCGCGUCUCUUUCACGAGCGUGUUUGUGUUCAUCGACGGAAAUAUAUUUUUUCUUCAUGAUUUUGUAGCUGAUAAUUUUAUGCUGAGAGGGAAUUGCUCUGAAUGCUUACGAACAGGACUUGCUCUCUCUGAAGUGACGGCUUCAGCCACCUUUCUCGUCCCUACAUCGCUCGAAACUUUGACAGUUACAAAAAAAAAAUAUAAAGCCGUUGCUCAAUAUACCGCUAAAUAUGAAAUUGUUCUUGAGUAUAGCAAAUAGAAAUAAUCCGUAUUCUUAUAUCACGGCAUUUGUUUGUUCACACACCCUGUUGUUUUCACUGAUGGCCAUAUUAUUCAUCAAUCGCUUUUUGCCGUUAUAUAGUUGUAUUGAUACAAAACUGUUAAUAAAUUGAUGAAAGCACCAAAAUAUUACAUAUUUUCAGUGAAGUUUUCCAUUGAUGUAUUUUUGCUUUUACAUUGAAUAAAGUCAAGUACAACAUACUGUCUCCAAAAUUCUUCGUGAUUUCAUGCGAUUAAGAGCAACUAAUACUAUAAUACGAGGUUUGCUUCAAAAGAAAAUUUUAGCAGACCAAAAAUAAGAACUAAUUAUGGAAAAUUCACAUUUCAAUUCUCUUCAUCUAAAAUAUGGGAAUCAGUAGAUUACAAAAUAAAAAAAUCUAGCUCAUCCUAUCUGUUUAAGAAACACUAUAAGCAAUCUCUCCUAUUAAUUCAAAUGUAAUUAUAGAGUAUAUACAGUUGUGAAUUCGUUCUAGCGCCGCUCCGUUCUCAUUAGUAGCAAAUCGUAGGCAGUGGACAACUCGAAAGCAUUAUGCUACUUUGUCCACUGCGCACGACAUAGUGAAUUGUUAACUCCAAUUUAUAUCUACUGCUCACCAUAACCUUAUUACUCUUCACUUUUGUAAAUAAUCUAUAUGACGUGCGCAACUUCAAUAAAUUGUAAAAAUUGCAUGUAUUAUAUAUACAACACACUUAUUGUUAUACAGGGUGCAUACAAAAAUUGAAUAGAUUUUAAAUUUCUCUCAAUUAUAUAUAUAUAUAUAUAUAUAUAUAUAUAUAUAUAUAUAUAUAUAUAUAUAUAUAUAUAUAUAUAUAUAUAUAUAUAUAUAUAUAUAUAUAUAUAUAUAUAUAUAUAUAGCUUCUUUGGGUACUUAUAAUGUAGAAUAUAAUGAAAAAAUGCCUCGAACUCAAAUUUUGUAAACCGGGGGGGGGGGUGUCUAUUCCAACAAACUAAAAAUGGCUUACGCACCAGAUUUAAUAGCUUUACUCGUAUUUUGAGUUAAUGGGUAAAAAAUGUGUCGGGUGUUUCAUUGCAGCACGAAAUUUCAAACAAGUUACUUCAGCCUUUAACUAUUCACGCAAACUUACAUUUUUUCCUAAUAAAUCAGCCUUUUGCAUGCUUAAUUAAUGCAUUUUCCUAAUUUGCAUAUUGCAACAAUAUUGAUAAGUAAACAGAACAAUUAUAGACGAGUGCUUGAUAUUACUCUUUGUCCAUUUGAUGAAGCGCACCAAUAGCUGAUCUCUUUCGGGGUUGAUUCUUGAUGGGUACUGGGUUCCCCUGCACCCAAUGCGCUCUAGCUGCUGAUGUUCUUUUGUUUAAACCGGGCAAAUUUAAUACAUGCGCAAUAAAUGAAUGAUUUUUGUUUUCAAAACAGCUGUGUCGUGGAAGAAAAUCCCAAGACAGCAGAUCGAACAGAAAUCACGUUUUCCGGGACAAUGGUUGUUGUUUAAUUGUUCUGUCAAUACAUCCGAUCAUGUGACAUUAUGGUUUAAGAAAAACAGACAAUCUGAAGAGAAACGUCAAGUUAUUGAUAAAAAGAUAACAGUGGUUUCUAAGAAUAUAUUCAAAAUAACAGGCUUGACAGACAAGGAUAGGGGAUUUUACAUAUGCAGAGUUUGCGGACAGGAAAAACAAAUGUUUGUUGAAAUAUUACAUGGUAAACUUAUUCUCAAAGUAAUGCUUAUUUAUUACGAAAAUAUUAAAUUCGCCUGUCUUAGUGCAGUACGUAUACAUUAUCUACUUGUCAAUGUUUUUCUUGACGCAUAUUUUGUAUAUUCAGGCUAUAUACAUGUUAAUGCACUGAUCACUGCAAAAAAUCCCCGACUAAUUUGGCUCAAAAUCUUCAGGAAAUAGUGCACCCACAAUGCCUAAAAUUUCUCAAAUUUAAUUUCUUUAGCAAAUAUAUCUUUGCUCGAUUUAUUUAUAAAGAGUAAAUUGGACAAUUUACACAAAAUUCAGAAGGAAUUUGCUCUUAAUUUUGAAUCACAAUUGGUGCAUUAUUUUCCUCAAGUUUUUAAUUGAUUCAAAAUACUUUGGGUUUUUCAGUUAACAUAUUCUGCAUGUACAUGCCUAAAUAGGCCAACUUUAUAUUUGUUAGCAGCCGUACAUUUCCCAAACCGAUAUUAUUUUUCUUCUGGUGUUUAUAUAUAAAAUACUGACCCAUUAUGUUCUUCGAUGCCUUGGUGUCCAGUGUAUUCGUCUUUGUUUCUCAGUAUAGGUCGUAUCACAUGCCAAUUUCCUAUCAGGAUACUUCGUUUAUGAACUGCUAAUUCCCCCUUAAUCUAUGUGUAAUUUUGAGCUUCCCGAUUUGACAAUUUGAUAAUUUCUUGCAUUGUUGGAUCUUUCCGAGUUUCCAUUUCGACUUUCGGAAGUGUGUAUAUAUAUAUGUGACAAAUGCCAGCACUCUGCUCAGUCGACAAGACUUCAUAAUGUAACAAACAGAACGGCUAAGUUUGAAGAAGUUUAUUAAAAAAUAUAUUAAAAACAAAAACUGUUUAGUUUUUGUAUUUAAAAUAUUUUUUGAACUUUUGACUUCGCUAAUGCUUCCCUUUCCCUGGGUUUUAAUAGCCGUGCGGAAUUAGUAACCUCGCCACGGAGUAACGACCGGAACGGCGCUCCGCGCCGUUGGCUCGGGGACAAACGUGGUUUGAGCCGAGAAAAUUAGAGCUAAAGUUUAUGUAAAUUGACAUAAUUUUUAUCAAAUACGAAACCAUCUGUCCACACGCCAGUGAUUUCCUUUGUUUUUUCCUUAUGAAUUAUAAAAUAGUUUUUAAAGUAUUUUUAAUUGUUAAACCUGAUAUAGAGUUCUCCUUCUAGGAAUAGCUAAUGCAAGACCAAUCGUAAAGAAAAUACCAAAUAAAGCACUCUAUGAUAUUGGAGAGGAGGUCAAACUAACAUGCAGUGCAGAAAACACUACCAAUGGGUAUGAAAUCAAAUGGUACAAAAUCAGUUCAAAUAGAGAGCUAAUUGAAAUGGAGGAAGCUUAUUCCGAAUGGGUAGGCGAAAUUCAACAUGAAACGUUGUUGUUGAAGUCGUUAUCAGCUCAGGAUGCGGUGACCUACAUGUGUAAAAUAUCCUUUCUUGAGUAUAGCGCCUCUGAGUUGGUAAAUAUUUUCCAGAAAGGUAAUAAUCAUUAUGUUUUUCUGUUAAACGUUAUUUUAAUUUAAAUUUUUAAUUUUCCUUGGUCCGUUAUAUACGUGAAUUUUAUCCUGACGUGAAUGCGACAAAUUUGGGUCGUCUCAGAGCCAGAAAAGCCAGUACGCGCAUUUGCGGCGUAAACCCAUAAUGCCGCUUCCGAAGUGAGAUAUCAAUUAAGAAUUUUUUUGCCACGGUCAAUCACGUUAUUGGCACUUGCAAGUGUUCGCCGAACAUGGAUUAAUCUGGCAUGUGAAAUAAGAAAGAAAAAUGGUUUGCCAACUCUGUCACUAUAGCUACCAUACCAAAUUUUCAUAAACUCAUGAAAAUCAUCAUUAUACUUCCUCUAAUUUCAAUAUGUGUAGAAAGAACCUUAAUUGCCUAAAGUAAAUAGCGAGAAUAAAAAAGAAAAAAAAGUUUUAUUACUCUUCUGGAUUUAAUCCCCAAAUGUUUUGAGAGCGGCAACCAGUGGCGUGCUGCAUGGUUGGGGAAUCAGGGGGUAUGCACCUCCCCUUUGCGAGGAAUCAUAGGGUGCGCAAAAACCUUCACGAGGGCGCCGAAGUUACAUGGAAUUAAACCAAAAUUGUCAAUUCUACUUAAAAAGUUGCAGUUGGCCUUCCCUGACGCCAGCUAAAUUUUGAGUUGUAAUUGGCCUUCCCUGACGAAUAGGAGCCGGGCUAAAUUUCUUCCGAAAGUUAUCAUGUCUUAUGCACAAACUUUUUGCUAGUUGCCAUGUAGCCAUUUACACUGAUACUAUUCAAUUCAUAAUAUAAACCCCAACUUGAAUCAUUUCUGCUGGUAAAAAGACGACUUUUUCAAAAAAUUGACUUUUAAUAAUUUUAGGAAUACUGAAUGGUCUAGUUUUAAUAUUAUUGCCUGAUAAUUCCAAAGUAUUUCAUAUCGCUCUCCUUGGUGUUUGCAUUAAGCAUACAAUGGUUAUUGCGGAGUGAUUAAUGUCGAUCGAUUCAUAGCUUUAGUGUUAAUUACAAAAAGUUUAGCCAUCAACUUUCAAGCAUGCAAAAUCUAAUUAAAAUAUUUCAUUUCACCGCAGUCCCAUUGAAACCUGAUAUUCAAAUACUGAAUGAACAAAAUGAUUUCCAUCCGAAUGAAGGAAUGCGUUUUUCACUAUCGUACAACGUGUCAUCUUACCCAGCCUCUGACAUUACAUGGUGGAGAUCUAAAGAUGGAAAAGAAUAUGAGUUUAUCACUCAGUGUUUGGCGUCAAAAAAGUGCGAAUUUCACGGAGGGAAAGAAAAUAUUACGAAGACAAGUUUCGAAAUUGAGGAUCUUAAAUUUCCCCCAGAUAAUUUCUUCUACAAAUGUAAUGCAAGUAAUGACUAUGGACAUGACUCAGAAACCUUUCAGUUAGAAGUUUACGGUAAUCUAAAUAUGUUAUAUUGAAACCAUUUCUGUUUCUACUAAAUAGAUUCCAUUAAUCUUAAGAUAUAAAUAUUAAUGUCCAGCACAAAAUUCGUAAAAGAGCCAUAACAAAAGGUUUAAAAUAUUUAUCAGAAAACUAACGUUUCGUCUUUAAAUUAAGACAUCUUCAGAGCAAUGACAUACAAAGCGGAAAACACAGAAAUAUGAAUAAAUUACAACUAUUUACAAGAUAUUAUAUUACAAAAGUAGAAAGAGGAAUGGAUCUGCAGAGUAGAAGUAGAGGGAUCGAACUGCCUUGUACGUUGAGAGAGGCAUUAAUAUUUAUCUUAAGAUUACGAUUUCCGCCUGGUUCAUCUAUCGCUGGUUCCAUUAAAUUCCUGAAUUUCAAAUAUUCAUUUCUAUUGACAUAUGGCUUGUGUUUGACAAAUUUUCUAAUGAAUAAAAUGACUAAAAGCGUUUAACUAUUUUGUUUACAACUACUUUCGUUGUUUUUUGGUCAUUUUUGUUUUUUUGUGGCAUAUGCUAUAACACAACGCUUCACGUUUCGUGUAUAUCCUUGCACUUAUGUUACCUCUACUUCUGUAAAUAAUUUUUAAUUAUAUAUUAAUUUCUUUACAGUGAUACCUGAGAUUAAUAUGCAGACGAUAUAUAGAUUCAAAGAAGGGCUGAUAAUUAAUUGUUCAUUAAAGAGAAGUAAUCCUCCAGAAGUAAAAUUCACCUGGUAUACAUGUAACACUCCCAACUGUGGCGGGAAAAGUUUGUCUGAAAAAUCUUUCUUACGACUCGACAGUCAACCAAAAUCUGUUAUGAAGUAUCAGUGCAAAGCCAAGAACGCUGCUGGCAGUGCAUCUGAAAUCAUUGUGGUGUUUAAGUCCGCAGAAAACAACAGUAAGUUUACCAAAUGGAAAUUACAGAUUGAAUUAUGCAUGUGGUGAGAAUACGCCAGGUUACAAGUUGUAAUUAUGAUAAUGACUAUAUUCUACAGGGUGUUCCGAAAAAAAGUAUACCUUUUGAAAUGAAGCCUUUGUUGGAAUUUUAAUGGUUUAUUACUAUCCUGAACUAAGUUAAACAGAAUUUAAAGUUAUUUAAGGAGGCUCCCUACAGUUUCCAAUACAUAUAUAUCAGUUUUUGAAACUAAAAUCUAUUUAAGUUGAAUCUAAAACAAAUAAAUUUUUGCACAAACCAUUAUUUCCUAUUAUAUAAAAGAGCAACUUUAACUCACAAUCGCUACUCUUCACGUUACCAUGACAACAUGACGUCACCAUCUAUAUGGCCUAUAUCAACCAAAAAAGCCGUCUUAGCGGACAAUUAACCACGGUGACCUACCUUUUUUAUUGCCCAAAAUACAUUGUUAUGAAGUUUGAAUCUUUUUGAAAAGUUAUUUGAUAAUCGCCAGUGUAGUUUUCGAGACACUGAAUUUAAGAUUGCAUUUAGCCUUUUGGAAAGGCUGAAAUUCAGUUUCUCUCGAUCGAAAACUACACUGGCGAUUUUCAAAUAAAUUAGUUCAAAAAAGAUUCAAAACUUCACAACUAUAUACAGUUGGUGGCGUAAUGUUGGCAUGGUAACAUGAAGAGUAUAGCGAUUCUGGGUUAAAAUUACUUUUUUAUAUAAAAACUUUUAAUUACCUUUUUUUAUAUAAGAUUCAAAUAGCUUUUAGUUUAAAACACUUAUAUAUAUUGGAAACUGCAGGCAGCCUCCUUAAACUCUUUUGAUUAAUGUAACGAAGUGUUUUGCACUGCGGCUGUACUUUGCGCCUGCGCAUAAUUUUAAAAGACGAUAAAGACUCGUUCCUCCCUGGACAGUUGAAUCGUUUUUGCUCGACCUGCAUGAUGGUGUAACUGAUUAGUAAUUUGAUCAUUUUUGUGCAGUCACUCUCGUUUUAUAAUACUAGAAGCAAUUUUAAAUUCCCAGAAGUAGAAAAUCUUUUACUUAACAUGAAUAGAGGUACUUAUAAGGCCUCGUUUUUCAAUACACCCUGUAUUCACGCCUAACCUGAACAGAGUGUAUAAAAAAAUAUCUUUAGAAAUUAACCUAUUGUUUUAGAAAUUUGCCUGUGAAAAAGGUAUCAAAUUUCUCAGAAGAUAAACUUAUUAAUAUUAAUCAGUUUGAUACCUUUUUACAGGAGUAUUAUUAUUCAUGCUUGGUUGGGUUUAAUAGAAUAUUUUAAUACAGGCAAUUAUUAGUUUAUAGUAAUGUUUAUAGUAAUGGUUUUGUCAGCAUAGCGAGGAUUUCUGCAUGCAUGCAUUUCUAGUCUUUAAAAAAAUCUUCCAUAAUGUGGAAAAGUCCGGUGUCGAGAUUCCAGAUUAUAUAUGUUUAUUUUAUCGAGCGAGCAAGACUUCAAACGCCAUAAUAGUAGGGCAACUAAGUUUUGAUGUCUCCUGUCCUGGGAACCUCAACACCUCUCUCCCUUACCUUGAUCUGGGAUGCUUGCUACGUCUGCAGCUUCAUUAACUUAUUUCCAAAUCCACCGAUACCAAUAAAAAAUGUAUAUUUCCUACCACCAUGCAAACUGAGAACGACCUACCCAAAACAAUGCCUCCCACUGCACGAAAAAUUGGAUUUACCACCAUAGGAAACACAGAGUAAACUUGUAGAUAAUGCCGCAUUUGCUCGUAAAUAUGAGCAAAUGCGGCAUUAUCUCAAGUUUACUCUGUGUUUCCUAUAGCAGAUCCAUGGACCCGCUCACACGUCAUGACAAGAAAAAACAACAGCAAAGAACUUGGCAUUCUGGGCACAGUGACGAAUUUUCCUGCAUUUUUUCUUCUGCUUUACUUUGACGGCCUAUUUAUAAACAAAAUAAUUAAGCUUCAAAUUGGGGUAUAAAAUUACCUAAUUAAUUUUUGAGUCAGUCACGCAAUGAUUGUUAUUUUGCAGUUUUCAAUCUUUCAUCGUCCAUUCUACCUGCAAAUUAAAAUUUUUUGUAUAAACUAUAUUUUAAAUAAAUCAGCAGUCACCUCCUUAAUAUUAAGCAUAUGUUAGCAUAUGCUUAAUAUUAAGGAGGUGAACUGCUGAUAUCCUCAGUUGAGAUGAAUUCACCCUAAAAUAAUCUUUUAAUUGGGACACUACGAUGUAGCAGCUAAACAAAGAUUUAUUAACAAUAGUUAAUUUUUUUCCCAAAAAGGUAUCCCUAACCCAAAUUCAUCUGACCAGAAACGCACACUGAUCUUGAUCGUUCUUCCAACUGGAUUGAUAUCCAUGAUAAUUGUGGUCGUGGCGGGUUUUGUGUUGUACAGAAGAAAGAAAAUUUAUGGCGGGUUUUACCUGUUUUCAUAUCCUCAUUUACCUGACUACAUCGAGAGGAUAAAUAGAAAUGGAAAUAUUCAAGAACAGUUUCACAAACUGCCGUUUAUACCAGAAUGGGAAUUUCCAAGGGAAAGGAUUAGCUUUGGUAGGUAAUUUAUUUUUAUACAAUAAUCAACCAAGAGUGAACAUCCACGUUUUGUAAUUCGGAAUAAAAUACAUUCAAAACGAAGCAAACUUUUUAAUUAUGUAAUCUAGGAUGUCGCCUUGUAUUCUGUUACAUAUUCCUUUCGACCACAAAUAAGCAAAUAAUAUAUCAGAUAACCAGUAGCAGUUCUUGGGUGCUUCCAUAUACUUCGUAUAUAAGCAGCGUUUGCCAUUGAUUGGAAUCUUUCCGUUUUCCCAUCCAACAUCUUCGUAUGAGCAAAUUGGCUGUAGUUAGCCUCAAAGAUAAUCAUUUUCUAAAUAGAUUACAAAAUAAUUUAAAAUAUAUUUCAGCCAGGGAACUUGGCUCUGGACAAUUUGGAAUUGUUUGGUUAGCGGAAGCAAUUGGUAUAUCUGCAUUUCAUCCAAGAAACAUGUUGAGAGAAAGAGAAGGCGAACAAAGGUUUACUUUGCUCAAUCGCACAACGAAAAGAAACAGUUAUGUCUUUUGUAAAGAAGUAACCGAAGUUGCAGUUAAAACGAUGAAAGGUUUGAUUUCAAAAUUUUGUGCAGUAUCUAGCUAUAUUUUAUUAGAUUACUGCUUGCAUUUAAGAAUCUAGGCUACUUGCCGAUAAUUCAUUCGUCGUAAAAAAAUCUGAGAAAUACAUACAUACAUAGGCUACAGUAUCUGAUAUAAAAAUGGUCAUGGAGUGCAUGUACGUUGGCGCGACCACACAAGUUCAUUUUCCGUAUUAAUGCCGUUGUCUGCCGGAAUAUAAUUUCGCCUCUGUAUAUCGUAUAUGAUUAGGCCAAAUCCUGCAGGUUUUCGUGGGGUAACUGCGUUCACCUCCUUACUAUUACUGGACAAGAAAGAAGAUAAAAAUUAAUGCCGAGUUAUUAACUAUGUUACUGAUAAUAUAAUAUAUAUGGGAUAUAACACGUAAUUUGAUUGGCUAAUGUGCGUGCAUUAUAAUGUAAUUACUGUAUGCAUGCACUGUCUUGGUAGCGGCGCUACCUGCAAGUGCUUGAAGUAACUGCAAUCCUUGAUUAGAAUGUCUUAUAUACAUGCAUAAGUAAAGUAGAAAGUUUUUAAAUUUUGCCGAAUACGUUUUGCAAUAUUUUAAUACCGACCGUAUUUAAUAAAAUUCGUACUCAAAAUGACGAAAAUUGAUCGAAAUGAUGUCAUCAAAAAACGUAAAAUUUGAGGAAAAUUUUCUUCGAACAGUCGUGUUGUCAGCUUUUUUCAUUUCCAUUGAAUAUUAUUACAUUAAGUAAUACUAGUUAAAACGCUGACCAGUCGAGCCCCAUGUGUUUCGUGCCCUAGACAAUGACAACAAGGAUUGUCAAAUUUCAUUUCGUAAUAGUAACAUACAAAUAUUGAACUAACAAGCGUUUUGUGGUUUCACUAAUUUCCUGUUUUGUGGCCGAAUUUUAUUCAUCAGCCGACAAUCUUGUCGGCUUGAUAUAUAAAAAUGUUGACAAUAUGAAACAUAACUCAAAAAAAUUUCUUCGGUGGCCGGUCCCCUGUUGCAAUUUGCAAGUUUCAAGCGAAACCGCGGGCAUGUUCGGACCACGCAGGACUAUAAAUGCAAGUUUCCAUUCAUUGAAUAUUAUUACAUUAAGAAUUACUAUUUUUACUGGGUGUAAAACGCUGGCCAGUCGAGCCCCAUGUGUUUCCUGCUGUAGACAAUAACAACAAGGAUUGUCAAAUUUCAUUUCAUUAUAGUAGGCCUAAAAUACAAAUAUUAAACUAACGAGCGUCUGUGUGAUUUGACUAAUUUCCGGGGGCCGGUUGUAUAAAACUCUUAAUCACUUUGCUAAUCACUACGUUGUAGUUAAAUAGUGAUUAAAUCUCAAAUAGGCGCUUCUUAUUGGAUGACGUUUGCACUUAACCAUGAUUAAUUUUAAUCACAACCGGCCCCUGUUGUAUGGCCAAAUUUUAUUAAUCAGACGUUAAUCUUUUCGGCUUGAUAUAUGAAAAUUUUGACAAUAUAUUGUAAACUUUAUUGGACAGUAAAACAAGACAUACCCAACGGCACGAGUGCAAACGGGACUCGAAGUCCCAUGCGAGGCACUCUACCUUUUUACAAAUUAAUUAAUUUACAAAAUUAUUGUUACGAUUACUAAUAUGAAACAUAACUCAAAAAAAAAUUUCUGGUGGCCGGUUCACUGUUGCAAUUUGCAAGCUUCAAGCGAAGCGGGCACCUUUGGACCACGCAGGACUAACUGCAAAUUUUUUUGGCUAUCUGCAAAAAAACUACAUAUACAAGCAUGAAAAACUGUUAAGCGAACAUUUAUACCGCUACAGUUUUGGAUCUGACGAUCCGAAGCACCUGUGACGAACCGGAGGGUUAAAAACUAAUUAUAGAUAGUUCACAAGAAGAACGGCAACGGUGGCAACAAUGACGCAGUUCGUUUGAUGAAACCUAUUUGUUAUCUAAACCUGAUUGUUAUUUAAAUGUUGCAGAAAAUUUUGAUCGAAACGACCUGGCUGACUUGCAGUCCGAAUUAAAGAUUUUAAUUCAUGUUGGUGAAAAUGAAAAUAUUGUAAAUAUACUAGGUGCUUGUACAAAAGGUUAGUAACCCUACACCUGUUUGUAAUUUGUAGAGGAUGUGUCAAAAAUUGAAACUGUCUUAAAAUUUUGCAAAUUUAUUAAAAUUUAUAUGAAUAUGAAUAAUUAAGUCUCCUUUGAUUUUGUCGACAAUGAAAUUUGUCUUAAAAUUAAACUUUCAAGUACAAAGAGCUGUUUUCGCCAAUCAAUGGUUUCCCGGAAAUAAUUGGAAAGUUGAAGACGCGUCUCGAAUUCGCAGACGUCAAGUACCAAAGGUCAAGACGGCAACUACCAAAGAUCAAAUUAAUCAAACUACUCAUGCAUUAACUACCAAAGAUCAAAUUAAUUAAGCAAUUUUAAUAUUUAAUUUGAUGAACAUUGAGUCUUUCCUGCACUGGGACGAUCAUUGAAAUUUGGUGUUUUUGCUGCUUUACAUUUCAUCAGUGAUUUAUUUCAGACAUUUGAAGUUUUACAAUUUUAUACAUGAUUAAAUUUUAUUCCUGUCAACAUAUAAUUAAAAAAAUGCAGUAUUCAGUGACCUGACGGUGGGCGUAGUCUUCUUCAAACUGUUUCUAACUCGACUAACUACGUGCCAAUGAAUAGUGAAGUUUUCUGUUUAGAAAAAUGAUCCGUUAGUGAAUGUUGUUUCUUUAGAAAAAUGUUUGGAUACUAGCUUUUUAUAUUGUGGGAAUUAGCUAGCCCCAAUACCAUGUCAUUUUGGUAUUGGCCGUUAUAUAAUGGUUCAUAAAGAACAUUAUAAACUUCACCUUCAUGAAUCAAAUCAUAUCAAAUUACUCGAUGUCCUUCGCAAAACAAGAUUGAAAACUGCCUACAGUUCCCAUAGUAAUUUCGAAACUAUUUUUCCUUAGGCAAAAGUUCAAACCUUUGGAUAAUAAUGGAAUAUUGUCCAAAUGGAAAUCUUCGAGAAUUCUUACAAAACAAUCAGAAUCGGUACAGCGUUGAGAAAGAAUCUUUCGAUCCAGAUCUUUCCCUAGAGUUUGGUCCAAAAAAUUUAAUAUAUGUUGCUUGGCAAAUUGCAAAAGGAAUGACAUUUUUGACCUCAAGAAAGGUAAAGUUUCCCCAUCCUGGUAACCUGACCCUAGUAACUGACCAGAACCUGUACGCACACUAUAUGUAUCAGAUUUUGCCAAUGUUUGCGGUAGACCGCAGGCAUAAAUUGAAAGAAGUGCCGGAGUGAAUUCAGACCCGUACGGAUAGCUCGUUCGGGCUGAGCACAAUGCUGAGCACAAUGCUGAGCACAAUGCUGAGCACAAUGCUGAGCGCAAUGCUGAGUACAAUGCUGAGCACAAUGCUGAGCACAAUGCUGAGCACAAUGAUGACCACAAUGCUGAGCACAAUGCUGAGCACAGUGCUGAGCACAAUGCUGAGCACAAUGCUGAGCACAAUGCUGAGCACAAUGCUGAGCACAAUGCUGAGCACAAUGCUGAGCACAAUGCUGAGCACAAUGCUGAGCACAAUGCUGAGCACAAGCACAAUGCUGAGCACAAUUUGUCAUUAUUUUGAUGUAAGGAGAAUUCUGAGCACAAUGCUGAGCACAAUGCUGAGCACAACGCUGAGCACAAUUUGUCAUUAUUUUGAUGUAAGGAGAAUUUUUCAAAUGAAUUAACAAACUGUAUUAGGAAGCUCUGUAUCUAUUAAUACACACCAUAGUUUGUUGAAGCAAUAUUUCCAGGACUUCCCAAGGGAGGGGGGGGGGGGGCAAAAGGGGCAAUUUGACCCUGGCCCCCAGUUUAAUGGGGCCCAAAAUUUUGCAACAGGCGAGCGACAAAAGGUGUAAUUAAAAAAUAUAUUUGGAACAUUUUUUAUAUAAAUAAUGAGAAUGAGAUAAAAUUUUUAGAUCUUAAUUUUACUUGUAGUGGUAACAUUAACUUAAUUGUUGUUUGUCAGGGAACAUUUUUGAACCUUUGUUCACGCGGAGCGCAGUUCCGGGCGUAUGCGCGGGGCGAGGGUAUAAUUCCGCCCGCCUAUUUACACCAGGGAAAACAAACGCAUUAGCUAAGUUUUAAGUUCAUCAAUGAUCUCGGGCAUGAUCGUGGGUAACCAACGAUGUUUCGGUGGGUGGUCAUCCUCACUGAUCUCAAAAACAUGGCGGACCGUAACGAAUAGCGAACACCAGUGAUUGGUCAAAUUUAAAAUUUGAAUUAUAACGACUGUGUGACGACAGCGAAAUAGUAAACAUUUCUUCAUUUGAUGAUUUCUUGCAAAUAUAUUUCAUUUUUACAAGACUUUGUGAAUUUUAAAAGCUUUUUAUGAAAAUAUCGGCGAAAGAAUUGCUAAAAGAAGGGGGAAGUAAAGGCGCUGACGUUAACGAAAGUAGGUUUGUUUGAAUAUUGAUCUAUUGUUCGCUUUAUAACGGCUUUAAAGCUGACUUGUUGCGCAUAUUUUAAAUGAAAAAGAAAACAAAGUGGUUUCAAUGCGAGAAUUUGAAAUAAUUUAAUUUCAAACUCAAAGUUCUUCGAAAAAGGCAGUUUAGUUUUAUAAAGAACAUUUUAUAACGUCUUGCGAAGCGUUUGAGGUUGAAUUUUACCUUCAAUUGAAGCUUAUAAUACAUAUAAUAUAUUACAUACCUAACAUAUAUUUGUUUCGGGAAUUGAUAUUUUUGUAAUUGAAAUUGAUAUUUUUAGGGAGAUUUUUCAUUUGUAAAAAUAUUCUUUACAAAAUUAUCGUGUAACCAUGACAACUAGUUUAAAUACUUCAUGUUCGGAAAAUACAAUGGUUUUGUCAGCUAGGCGCGUGGUUUCUGCAUGCAUGUAUUUUCUACCAGGGGCGUAGGAAGCAUCAAAAUAUUGGGGGGCACCGGCUUCUAGGGGCAAUUUAGGGUAUUGAAAAGGGCACCUAAAAAAAUUUUCACGGACAUGUUGGUGACGGAUGGGGGAAGGGGGAAGAAGAACAUUUUUUCCGUCGUACAAUACCGAAAUUGCACGUUUUUGACCAAUUUUUUUUAAAAAAACUUGGAAAUUUCCAAACAAAAAGGGCACCUUUGAUGUUAAUUUAGGGCCAUUCCAUUUAAUAUCCACACCCCCCCUACGGAUGAGGUCAGUAAAAUUUUAACCCCUAAGAAAAAAAGAUCAAAGUGCCGACACAAAACACCCCUCAGAAAUUUGUAAAUUUUCCCUUACCCCUCAGAAAAAUCGCAGAGAUCAAAGGAUGCCGACAGGCUUAACCCCUCAGAAACGACUUUUUGAGUCACCCUUGAGAAAAACUCAUCCGUAGGGGGGGUGUGGACAUUAAAUGGAAUGGCCCUUAGUUUACAGCGACAUUAGCUUGUACAAAAAGAGCACUCUUCAUCACAAAAAAGGGCACUUUUCAGUCACAAAAAAGGGUACUUUUAGUCCUUUGGAAAAAUUGGGGGGGGGGGCACACCCCCCCCCCCACCCCGCGGUUCCUACGCCCCUGUUUUCUAGUUAUUUAAAUAGAACCAUCGAUAUAGACUUGUGAUUUCAUCUAUUUUGUAGAGUGAACUUGAACUUAACUAAAUUACAUUGCCAUUACCAUUACCAUUUAUUAACUAAAAGAUGUUUGUCAUAUUGUCUUUUGAGGCUAACAACCUAUCAUUGUUGGCAAGGUUGUGUAAACAUAUAUAUAAAUAUUUUUCGAAUCUUUUUUCCCUGUUAUUCCUGUACAGAUAAUUCAUCGAGAUCUGGCUGCACGAAAUAUCUUACUUGGGCGGGGAUAUGUAGCAAAAAUUGCAGACUUUGGAUUGGCCAGAGAUGUCUAUAAAGAUCAACAAUACUUAAAAACAUCAACUGUAAGUUUACAACCAUCAAUUUUGCUCAUUGUAUUCUCAGUAGUCUGA